AUGGGCAUACUGUAUUCGCCGAUUGCGCAAUGGCGACACUUCGACUACCAACCCUCUGUUUCUACCUUUCUUAUUAUUAUUAUUUCUUCUUCUUCUUCUUCUUCUUCUUCUUCUUCUUCUUCUUCUUCUUCGCUCCUCUUUCUUAUACUUCAGAAUUCUUUUCCGUUUUUCUUUUUGCCCCUCUUCCUCUUCUCCCGACUAAUUCUUCUUUUCCACCUCUCCUUCUUUUUUAUCCUCCUUUUUAUUCCAUCUGCUCCCUCUUCUUCUUCUUCUUCUUCUUCUUCUUCUUCUUCUUCUUCUUCUUCUUCUUCUUCUUCUUCUUCUCCAACCUUCGACAAUCUUUUUUACUCCUCAUCCUGCUUUUUCACCUCCUUCUCUUCCACAUACCCAUUGUUUUCUCCUCAUUCUCCCUCAACUUUUUUUUUCUUCUUCUUUUCUCCUACUCCACCUCCUUCUUUUACUUCACUAUUUUCUCCUUCAUAUUUCCAAUUUUACUCUACUGGCAUUAUUUUCUUUCUUUCUUCUCCGACUCCUUUCUCUCUCAUUCUCUCUCGUUCUUCACCCACCGAUGACUCGACACUUAUUCCCUCAUCAUUCCGCUUUGUCACUUUUGCCUCGCCUAUCAGAGUUGAUCUUUCCUCUUCCUACCACCGCCGACCACCUUCUCCUUGUUUACCUCCAAAUUUUAUUCCCUUUCUUCUUCUCCUCCUCCUCCUUCUUCUUCUUCCUCCUCCUCCUCUUCCUUCUUCUUCUUCUUCUUCUUCUUCUUCUUCUUCUUCUUCUUCUUCCUGCUUCUAUGUAUACAUCUCUUUCCCCUCGCAUUUCUUUUCCUCUCCAUGA